AUGGCGGGUCGUUCUGUAUCUUUGACCCCGGGGGCCCUAUUGGAAGGAGGGAAACAGGUGCGACGGAACAGCAUGCAGAGUAGGGCGAGCACGUCGAGCCUCAUUGAGCCUGGCACUAUCCCCAUGCCUAGGUCACAGCCCGCAACCCCCCGGUCUCAAACUCUGACACCUCACAAGUACAAGAAGGGAGAUGUAGUCCAUACUCCAAAUGGAAUAAGGAAGAAGUUCAAUGGGAAGCAAUGGAGACGUCUCUGCUCGAAGGAGAACUGUACAAAAGAGUCUCAGAGAAGGGGCUUUUGCUCCCGGCAUUUAAGUAUGAAGGGCAAAAGCCUAAGAGACGUGUCAGGCUCUUCUUCAUCAGGGACUACUGGAGCUGGACAGGGGAACCGUUCCAUUGUCUUCUCUGGAAGGCGAAAAGGGAUCCUAGAUGAGAAAGGUGAAAUGGAAUGGGAGGCUGAAACAAGUUCAGCAAGUGAAACUCCUCAGAUAAACCAAGGUGUUCCUAGUACAAAUCUGGGUCAACCCAGGCUCACACGGAGAUUUGAUCAAGAUGAGACAGAGGCAGCAAAUCUUCUUGUGUCAUUGGGUAAUAGUCGUUCAGGGACACCAGCAGGUCACAUAUCUUCAACCCCAGUCAGCCCUUCUCCAAUGCAUUCCCCAGUUUCUCUACCUGUCCCUCACCAGAAUAUGUUCCUACCCAUUUCCCAAUCCCAGUCUCAACAAGCACCUGCCAGUCAGAGGUGGUCUCAGGAUGGAAUGGCAUCUCCAGUUCGCUAUCAGGUUUCAUCUCAUGGCCACAACCAUCUCUAUCACAAAGGGGUUAUUCGUCCAGAGCUGGUGCCACCAACUCAGAUGUUGUCGGAUGUGAGACAUCAUGGGUCACGAGCAUCCUCAUCUACAUCAACUGUGUUCUCAGUUCCAACGGUGAUCCAAGGAUCUCGAUGCCGUGAAAGGGAGCGAGAACGAAUCCCCACUCAACAUAACACUGUGAUCCAUCAAGUGAAGCCAAAAUUGCCACCUCCACCCUUGGCAUCACCUCCUCAGCCCAUUCUGCAGAAAGCAUUGCUUGGCUCCAGUUAUGCUAUUCAUGGAAAACAAGACUCCUGCUCUCUUCCCCCACCUACCCAAGAUGCCCCCAUGGAUUUACAGACUGCCAAGCCCCUUUCUGGAUCCUUCUCCAAUCGAGGAUCUGUGUCAAAUGUGAUCAAUUCAGAAGCUCGAGGCUUUCAAGCUGUUGUCCCAUGUAUUGAGGAGCCAGCAUCCACCAUCCCAAUUUCUCUUGUCAUCCAACCUCACAGUGGGAAUGAGCACCAAGGGAGUUCAAAUGAUCAAGUGAAGGAAAAAGAACACAUCCGGAGACCAAUGAAUGCAUUCAUGAUUUUCUCCAAACGACACCGACCUCUUGUUCAUCGGAGACACCCCAAUCAGGACAAUAGGACUGUAUCAAAAAUCUUGGGAGAGUGGUGGUAUGCCUUGGGUCCCGAUGAGAAAAAGAAAUAUCAUGAUCUGGCAUCCCAGGUGAAAGAGGCUCACUACAAGGCCCAUCCAGAUUGGAAGUGGUGUAGUAAAGACAGGAGAAAGAGCUCUUCUGGCUCAAGCAAGGGGAUUGGGGACAAGGGAGCAGGAGGUGUUGAAGACUGUUUUUCAGGUGAUGGGGAUCCAGGACAAGAGGAUGGAACUCAGGGUGACAUGAACAUCGAAGAAGCAAGCCGCCUCUAUCCAAACAUGCAGGCAUAUCAGCCUGUCUCUCCUGGGAAUCAUGUUAACCAUGAUCUAGCUAAUGAUGCAAAUGCUGUGCAAAGGCAUCAUGGAAAGGGAGGAGAGGGUCAAUAUGAGUCAAGUGAAGGUGAUAUAGAUCUGAAGUGCAAGGAAGAAGUGAGUGAUUCAGAUGUGGAGAGUGUGGUUGAGGAUCAAGGUGGAAGGAAUCAAGGCCAUGUGGGGUCUCAGGCCUCAAAUCAUACACAUCACAAGCAACCACGCUUUAGCCCUCUCCCCAGUCCCACAGUUCAAGCACAUAAGCCCACUCCCAUCAAACCUAGGCAUGUUCUCAUGUUAAUGGUGCUGCCAUCUGAAGCAGGGGCUCAUUUCUCUCCAUCAUCCAAUGAUGCAUUCCCACCCUCAUCCCCACGCCUCACACCUUCAGUGAAUUCUGGUUUUACACCUGUGAGGACCCAAGACAUCCAACCUCUUCGACCCACUCGUCCAACAUCUGGAAUUCAGGUGAUCAGUAACACUGCUUCUCCAGCUGGUACACACCAGACUGUUCUAAAGACCAAUCACGUGAAGACAAUCCACAAUGUUCAGUGUGUGACAUCUCAAGACAAGAAACAUGUGAAAGUGGACUACAAGUCAAUCAGCUUGGGACAGGCUUCCCCUGUGCAACACCAUCAGCAGUCCAACACCCCUCCAACAACUCUUCAGACUUAUACUUUGACUAAUUUGUCACUGCCACAUGGGUCCCAGUCAUCAGGUUCCAAGUGUCCCACUAUCCUGGUCCAGGCUCCCGUCAUACCCUCUUCAGGAGGAGCUGUUUUGACUAAUUUCUUGGCCUUGCGACCUUCAACUCAACAUACCAACUCCUCUGGUCAGGUCCAGACUGUUGGAGCAAAGGGAAUGCCAUUUCAAUAUCUUGUGCCUCAGUUUGUCAGUGGGAAUCGUAUGGCCAUUCUACCCAGUGCCAGUUACCAGAUGGCAGUCUCAUCUCAGUCAUCAUCAACAGUAGGAGGUCAAAGUGCUGGAUCUCAAGCUCAAGGAGUACAAAAACCAUCCAACAAUCAUCCAGCUCUUCACUUGCCACCACGAACUGGGAAGAACGGGCUAUCUCGGACUCAGGAGGGCAUGGGCCAUCAGUAUCGAGUGAAAGCUUCCAUUGUCACAAUUCCGUCUGCUGACAAUGACCUAUCUCAUAAGGGAGAUGAUGGAAGGAAUAGAAGUGAGGGGCAUAACACUCUCAUGCCUCCUCCAAUGGAUGGAGUGAACUUUGUUCUUGCCCCAACACCAGCCCAGCUGGGGAAGGCACCCUUGCAAAGACGCACUGCAGCCGCUGCAUCACAACAUGGUCAUGCUUCACCUACAUCUUCAGGAACACCUUCUUCCCUCUCACCAAACAGUGCAGCUCUGACUGGUGAACAGCUGAGUCCUGGGGGUAUGCCAUCCUCACCAAGGCUCACCAUCCCUCCCUCACCCACACGUUCAAAAUCUAAGAAGGUGGAUGAAACCACUGAAAAGGUUUUACAGCAGGUGAAUUUUGAUGAGAAAUUCAACUCUCUCCCUGAGUAUAAGCCAGAAAAUUUACAUAGCCCAAGCACUUUAUCUCUUCCCCCUUCACCACGUCUCUUUGUCCAGAGUUAUCGAAAGAAGCAGAAAACUCUUGCUGUGCCAACUGAAGAAGAAAGUGGGGAAGCAACUUCCCCAUCUAGUGUCAAACGUCCUCGUUCUGAUGGAGAAUCCAGUGCUUCACAAUUCACUCCUCAUUCACCCACAACCCCUCCAUCUGCCAAGCUUGUUGGCAAUACCUUUUUUGGACCAGAUUUCAACAUAGAAGCUGUUGAAGAAAAAUCAGAUUACAUCUUCAGUCUUGUUGACUCUAUAUUCACUGUAGGUGGAGAGUAUGGUGAGGGAACAGGUGGAACAUCUCCAAAUGCAGUUGGACAAGGACAUGUGACUCACACAAAUGCAGGAGGAAGUCCCCGCACCCCCCGUACCCCUCGAGAUGGUGGUUCCAGCCUUCGACGAAUCCUUGAUACUCGAAGACAUCUAGUCAUGCAGCUCUUCCAGGAACAUGGCUUUUUCCCCACAUCUCAGGCAACAUCAUCUUUUCAACAGCGUCACCUUGAUGUGUUCCCUAGCAAAGCAUGUUUACAGCUUAAGAUCAGGGAAGUUCGUCAGAGAUUGUUGAGUCAGGGAGGAAGUGCCAUGACUCCAACUGGAUCUGGAGAAACCUCAUCUUCCAGUGCAUCAGUCACAACCACUACGAGAGCAAAUCCAAUCUCUGAGGACAUACUUCCCAGUUCUGGUGUCAGAGAUGGACCUCCAGCAAGAAUAGCCAACAAGAACAUUCUCAUUCCACCAUCAAGGGAGUUAUCAGAGCACCUUGAGAAGCUGAAGGAGUUGACUGGGAUCAGUGAUGAGCAAGUGCUUGCUCAUGCAUUGGAAGCAUCCAGAUCUGGCAGUGGCGAUUACGACGUCAAUCAAGCAUUUCAUUUGGUUGUGAAUGAACAUUCACGAGACUCUAUCAAGCUUUCACAUCUGCACAGAGGUGUCAAAGUGGCUCCGACACCAGCUCGAUCUGUCAGCAGCCCUGUUGUCCCCGAUAGGGGCACAGUUGCAGAGGAACCAGAGGAUUGGGAUGCAGAGAUAGAGACAAUAUCUCAUGGACGAAUGGCCCUUGAAGAGAGCUUGGUGGAUUCAAAGUACUCUGGGACAAAGCGAAAAAGAGGAGAAAUUUGGGAAGAUCCCUUGAAUCCUCAUGAGCGAGAACGUGAUGGAUUUUGGCCAGUUGGACUCAAGAAUGUUGGCAACACAUGCUGGUUUUCAGCUGUUGUUCAGUCUCUAUUCCACCUCCCUGUGUUCAAGUAUUUGGUUUUGAAUUAUGCUGUCCUUAACCCAUCUGAGCAAGAUGAGGCAAAGAAGCAGGUCAGCAUGUUCAUGGUGGAACUUCGGAAGCUGUUUGCCCUAAUGGUAGGAACGCGGCGCAAGUAUCUGGAUCCUUCCAGAACUGUGGAGAUCUUUAAGAGACAGAAUUUCCCUGAUGGAAAUGAGUCUCAGCAGGAUGUGAGUGAAUUUACUCACAAGCUUCUUGAAUGGCUGGAACAGGCCUUUCAGAAGACCCCAAAUGAAGGCAUUUCUAGCUCUGAUAUAGAGCAAAACCCAAUGGAGAGACUCUUCUAUGGAAGGAAAUUCUCUAACACAACGAAGAUGCGACAGAUGCCUCUAAGAGUUAAAGAUUUCUCUGAUCUUCACCAGGCCUUGGAAGCAUCCAUGUCUCAAGAUAAGAUCGAGUCCAGUUCAGGAGAUGGGAAUUCAGGCCAAGAGCAUUGGUUUACUUCCCUUCCUCCUGUCCUCCUCUUUGAAUUCCUUCGCUUUGAAUUCAACCAGCAGCUUGGCCGACCUGAGAAGAUCCACAGCCGGGUCCAUUUUCCUGAGGUCAUCUUCAUGGACCGGUAUAUGGAUGCCAACAAGGAAGUGAUACGUGAGAAGCGAAAAGAGAUCCGACGGUUGAAAGAGGAACGUGCAGAACUUCAAGCUCGUCUAGAUGGUUUUUUGAACUGUGGGACUGGUGCUAAGCGAAUGCCAUUGCAGGACAUCCUUCAGUAUACUCUGGACUUUGUUGAAACGUGUAACAAGUGCCCUAGUCUAUCUGCUGAUGUGGAAAUGACCACUCCUGAAGUUGUUCCCCCUCAGAGGGGAUCUCUGUGCCAAAAUAAUCCAAGGGGGACAGGUCGUUUCACAUCUUCAGUGCAACUGGAGUUGGCUUUCCCAACCCCUCCAUCAUCCUCUUCAGGAGAUUUUCAUCAUGUGUUCCCACCUCUCCAGAAUCCAUCUUCACAUGUCUCGGACUCAGAGCUUCGAGUCAUUCAAGGGGUUUUAAGUCGCUAUCGAGACAGUGUAUCGAAGGAGGUCCAGGAACUCCAGCAGUCAAUAUCUUCUAUCGAUGAGAAAAUUGAUAAUCUUUAUCAGGAUCCCUCUCUGAAAAAAGUUGCCUAUAAGCUGCAUGCAGUCCUUGUCCAUGAAGGACAAGCUGCUUCUGGACACUACUGGGCAUACAUCUGGAGCCCUAUGUAUGGACACUGGCUGAAAUUCAAUGACAACUCGGUACAAGAGUCUACAUGGGAAGAGGUUGCAAGAGAUUCUGUGGGUGGACACCAUAAUGCUUCUGCCUACUGUCUAGUUUACCUGGAUUCCUCUUCUGCUCCUCUGCUUGAAGAUAUCCCAGAAGUUUCCAUUGGAAAAAUGCCUCAAGAUCUGUUGGAAUAUGUGAAGGCAGACAAUAAAGAGUUUGUGAAGGAGUUGGAAGAUUGGGAUCAGAAUCAGCAGAUGGGGCUUGAACUUGUGAAGGUUGAGAUAGAGGAGGGAGAAGAUUUUCCCAUGCUGGAGUCACCUUUUACAUAUUCUGAAGCCUUGGUGAAGAGGAAUGUAGACAUCGCAUUUGAUGCUGUUGCAAAUGCCAUCUGCAGGUUCGAGAGCAUUGAUGAUCCCAAAAUCGUGCUGCAGAAGGCCUUGGAAUGGGAAAAGGAUCGGUUAUUGGCUGGUAACAUGCCAAUUGGAUCCCAGUUGGAAGCUCUUUUGUCCCACAUGGCAUCCUAUCUUCAUGUCUGUGGAGUCCAGAAUCAAAACCUCAUGAAUGCCCUCUUCCUGGAGCAUUUCACUUGCAUCAAACUUGAUUCAUUUCCAAAGGGUCGUGAAGUGAGAGCAGAGGCAAAGCAGCUCCUGAAGAAACUCUAUGAAAGUAUGGGACUUGAGUUGCAGAUCCUGAAGUCUUGGCAUGAGGCUUUCUAUGCCUUCAGAAGUGUUGCCCUUGACUUCUGCAAUGGAAUAGAGCAUUACCAACAAUGCAAAUACACUGAAGCAGUGAUCUAUCUUUCAACUGCUUGCACAAUCAAUCAAGAGCUGUGUACUAAGGGUGCCAAUGUUAGCAACAAGGGUUUGAAACAUCUCUUCUUGAAGCAGUGCUAUCAUGCUUCUUUGUUGAACCUCGAUGAGAGGGUUGUGGAGUUCUUCAAGUCAGAGGACAUUGAAGUAGUGAGUCAGGCUCUGCAGACAAUGUCUGAUCUCAUCCUCCCCUGUGUGGCUCACCUGAACAGAACUGGGAAUGUUGAUGAGCAAGACAUGGUGGAGAAAAUUCGCAACCAUUGGUUCAUGCUUGUUGGAGAGGAGGAUCUCCCAGAUGAUCGAAAAGAAAAGUUGAGAGACGUGUUGGACCGCUUGCUUGAACUUGACUGCUCCUCCCCCAUACCCCAGGCCAAACAUUCUAUGUAUGGAAGUGAAGAUGAACUCCCCCAACGCUUUAUCCGAGCCUGGAACUUUGCCCGGCAUGAAAUGAGAUACCAAUGGUAUCACAAUGGAUCCCUCAAGUCCCUGCUGUGGGUUUUUUUAUUCAUUCAACUUGGCUUGGCCAUUGUUGAGAAACCUUCACUGCCUGGCUUCUCUACCCCUUAUUAUGUGACCAUUCCAAUCGAGUGCCUGUGUUUGGCCUUUUACCUGUUCCGUCUCAUCCAGAUGUGGUCUUUCACAGAAGGGAAAGUCUUCUGGCAAGACCCCAAACACCUUGUGAUUCUUGUUAUUAGUGUUGUGACCUAUAUUGACAUCAUUGCUUAUGUUGCAUCUGCGGCAUCAGGAAUUUGGUGCUUGAGGUGGACCCGAAUCCUGCGUCCAUUAUACAUGGUGAAUUUCCCAGAAGGCAGACAGUUUCGCCGUGCAUUUCGUAACAUCAGAAGGACUCUUCCAGAUGUUUUAUAUGUCCUCAUCCUCUUUUUUUUCAGUAUUGCAAUAUUUGCUUUGAUGGCUUUCAAACUUUUCGGGAAGAGAGGACUUCGUUAUCCAAAUGGAGACUCAUAUUUUGCCAACUAUGGGGAUAGCUUCUUUGAUCUCUACGUUCUUGUCACCACAGCCAACAACCCUGAUGUCAUGAUGCCAGCAUAUGAUAUGGAUGGAGCCUAUGCACUCUUCUUUGCUGGCUUCCUCAUCAUCUGCCUCUACAUCUUCAUGAGCAUCUUCUUGGCUGUUGUGUACAAUAACUUCAGGAAUCAUCUCAAAAAUGAGGUGAAGUUGGCAGUGUUUUCCAAGAGGCAGAUGCUGGCCAAGGCUUUUGAACUUCUGAAGGAACCAGGAAGUGAUGGAAUUGAAAAGGAGAAAUUUUUUCUCUGGAUGAAGGAAUUUGUGUGCCCCCACAGACCUGAUGAUUAUAUUAGUAUCAUCUGGACAGUGCUGGAUGAGAAUGGGGACAAUGUCCUCAGUCAGAAAGAAUUCCUGCAGUUGGCAGAUCUUCUUAAUGUGGAAGUCUCAGAGGUCAAGGAUAGAAGACCCCUUUUUCAGAGGCUGGUACCCUCAUGUUUUGACUCCAGGCCAUCCCGUUUUCUGCGAAAGGUUGUCAUGCACAUUUACUUCCGAUAUGUCUUUGAUGGACUCAUCAUUGUGAAUGCCAUCUUUAUCGCACUGGACAUGAAUCAAGCUGAUUGGUUUUUCCUCACCAUGUUCAGUCUGGAAAUCCUGUUGAAGAUAUAUACAUUUGGAAUGCAUGAGUUCUUCAAGCAGUUUUGGAAUUGGUUUGAUUUUGUUGUGAUUGGUGCUGCCCUUCUUCUCAUCUCUUAUGAAGCAAUAAUUCAUGAAGAACAAGAAACUCAGACUACCCUGGAUGUCCUGCUAGUACUAAGAGUCCUUCGAGUGGUCAAGAUCAUUGGGAGCAUAGAGAGAUUCAAGAUCAUUGUCUCAACUAUUGUCAACCUUGGUCCUGCCAUCAUUACAUAUGGGAUUGUCUUCAUCUUCACUGCAUUUGUGAUCGAGGCUUUCAUCUUGGAGUAUACCCUGGCCAAUAGAAGAUUGGAAAAUGUACUGGAAGCCAAGAUCAAUGAAAUGGGACUAGGACUUGGCAGCAAGCCCAAGAGUAUGUCAACAAAGUCAGACAAGUCGGGGUUGAUGGAUGACAUGGAGCAAGAGCUGGAGGCCAUAGAUGCAGACCAUGUUCCUAGGCAGUGUGCAGAACCAAAUUCUGAAGUAGAAGGGGAAUCCACUCUCAGGGACAUGUUCAAAGACACAAGCAUUCGCUUCCAUCUCACCAGAUCAACUGCAAGUACAGAAGUUUUUCUCAGACGCAUGUUUGAGAAUGAAAUUGAGGAAGGAGAUUUGGGCUUGGACUCCCAAGAGCAGGAGUCUCGUCCACGACGGCUCACACUUGAUGCUUAUCGCCUCGAGGAGAAAAGUAUAUGA